CCCUCCAGACCGGUAGGAGCGCCGUUGAGUCGAGUCACUCCUCCGCGCGUCCUGUAUACUGUCAGCCAUCUGGCGCAGUCAGCUAGCUCCAUUAGGAUUUGGAAAAUGGAGGCUUGACCCAGCGAGGAAUAAACGAGUGCACAUCGUCUGUAUUUCUCUCGUGUAGUUUGAAAGUAGUGAUUGACUCCAUCAUCCAUGGAGGAGAAUGUGAGCCCUGAGUUCACUGUAGCUCCUGAGCCAGAACAGAGCCAGGACCAGAACUGCUCUCAAGGUGAUGAAGAGCGGCCCAGUGAGCAAAAGCAGACAGAAAGUGAAGAUGUGGUUGAACAGACAAUAGAAAAAUCUUCCAAAGCCAGUGGUGAAUUAAAGAAAACUUGGGGGUUCCGUCGAUCCACUGUUGCAAAGAGAGAGAUGCCGGUGGAGGCAGCAACUGACAACACGGACAGACGUUAUCCUGUACGCCGCAGUGGCAGGCAGGCCAAGCGUACAGACAAACUGGAGGAAUUCCUCUCUACUAAAAGAGUGCAACGAAAGAGCGCUCCCCCAACUCUGGAAAGUGCAGAUCCUCCUUCACAAACCCCAACUGAUGCAGAAACUGCAUCCGAGGCCAGCUUAGAUGGCACAGCAGACACAAAAACGCUGGAGGACAAGCCUGAGCCAUCCGACAGGAGAACGCGAAGUAGCACGAGGGAGCAGCAGGCUCGAAAGUCGGCGCGAUGUGGCAGAUGGACACGACAAAGCGCCACAGCCGAGGGAAGCUCCGACAACGAGGACAGCAGAGAUGGCACUGAGACACAGGAAAAGGAUGCGGUCAAAACCGGGGACUCGACUCACUCCAACAUAGAUGAGGGAGGUACCAUUAGGGACCAGCGCCAGCCGGAGAUGGAUUCAAAGGAAAAGGAGGAAAAGGAGCAAGCCGACACCGGGGGCGACGAGGAGAGCACCAAAACCGAAAGUGAACAGAGUGCAGAAAAAGCUGGACUGCCGGUAAAGCGUGGACCAAUUAGAACAUACAUUAAUAAAAAAAGGGCCGCCAAUGUGAACAGUAGCAACGUGAAGGGGUCUGGCUCCGGGCAGGCCCUUGGCACCACGAGCAAGUCUCAAGUACAGGAGGACAGCGACGACGAUGACGAUGAUGCAUCUUCCUGUUCCUCUUCAUCUUCAAGCAGCGAGUCCGAUGGAGGCUAUGACCCCAACGCACUUUAUUGCAUCUGUCGGCAGAAACACAACAAAAGGUUCAUGAUCUGCUGCGACCGCUGCGAAGAGUGGUUCCAUGGCGACUGUGUGGGCAUCACCGAGGCUCGGGGGCGUCUGAUGGAGAGGAACGGCGAGGAUUACAUCUGCCCCAACUGCACGGCUAAGAAGAGCCAGGUGAUCAGGCCGGCGACCUCCACGCUGUCAAUGAGCAUAGACAUGGGCAAGCCCAAAGCCGGCACGGCUCUUCAGAUGUCAGCGCUGCAGAUGGCUGCGGGUUUUGCGCCUUACGCCGACUUCAGUACCGCAACCAGUCCAAGUUUGGCAGCGCCCCCAUCUGCUGGAAGCGAGGACAUGGGUAUCAAAGGCAGGAUUGAGAAGGCCUCAAACCCAACGGGGAAAAAGAAGAUAAAAAUCUUUCAGCCGCAAUCACCACAGCCGGUGCCACCACAUGCUGUCCAGAAGGGGGCGCCAAAGCCGGGAAAGACUGCGGCGGCCACAUCAGAGCUGAAAGCGCCACAGAUGGAGCAGAAGGUGGCUUCAAACGUGGAGGUGAAAACAACGGCGACGGCGGCAGCAGAAGAGAAAACUAAGUUGGCGGCACCGGAGGAUACUUCGCUUCCCAAAUGUAUUGGGCCCGGCUGUGGGAACAACGCCCAGCCCGACUCGGUGUACUGUGGAAACGACUGCAUCCUGAAACAUGCUGCCGUGACUGUGAAGGCAUUCACUGAUGUCAAAGAGCCCAAGGACUCGGCUCAGAAAUCCAACUCUGCGUCAAAGACCGGAGCUGCCAGCGGGACUAAGAGCCCUAAGGACAGCAGGGGGGAUGCGGAGAGCGAUGAAGGUGGAAACUGCAUUCCUGAUGAUGACGACGAGGAUGCUCAUGCUGUGGAAGAGCGACCCUCGCCUGCCACCGCGUCCUGGUCCAGCGACCAUAAUUACAUUGCAGUACCACCAGAAAAGACUACACCCAUAUCAGCAACAGUGUUAAACAAAAAGUCCUCAGCCAAAGAAGAGAAGCAGACUAAGGAAGCAGCCCCAACUCAUGAGAAACCCUCCUCUGAGUCCAAGACCGUAGCAAAGGGGAAGAAGACCAUGACCACCAGGUCCUCCAAGGUGUCUCCAAAGGGCAAGAAGCCUUCCUCUCAGUCCACCAGUUCCAAGGCGGCAAAGAGGCCCGCGACUCCUCCCAAUAAAUUGUCAGUAAAGUCCAAGAAACUGCGGACGGCGACCACCCCUACCCCGUCUCCGUACCCCCCAGGCCCCAUCCACGUCACAGGAGCCCUGAGAGUCACAAAGUCCAACUUUACUAUUCCCAAGAAGCAGCCUCAACAAAAAGACCCCCCACCCCGCAGUCCGUCCUCGUCCUCUCCAAGAGUCCCAUCAUCUCCAAUGUCUUCAGCUCCCCCCAGUCACUCUUCCUCACCAAGACCUCACCAUCCAUCCUCCUCAGCCCCGCCCGUAUCGCAUAUGCCGCCUCCCCCCAAUCACCAAAUGAGACAGAAUAUCCGUCGCUCUCUCACAGACAUCCUCUAUAAGAGAGUGAGUGACAGCGAUGAUCUGAAAAUGACCGAGAGCGAGGUCGCCCGGCUGUCCUUUGCCAUUGAAAAGGAGAUGUUUAACCUCUGCCUGAGCACAGACAGCAAGUACAAAAACAAGUACAGGUCGCUCAUGUUCAACCUGAAGGACCCCAAAAACAAAGGCCUGUUCUACAAGGUGAUCGGAGGUGAGGUCACACCCUUCCGACUGGUCAGGCUGAGUGCUGAAGAAAUGGUUUCCAAGGAGAUGUCAGAGUGGAAGAAGCCAGAUCCACCUCAGGCGCAGUCAUCCAGUUCAAGGGCCCACUCAGGGCAUGCCAAACAAGGCAGUAGGUAUGACUCCCACAGCAUGGAUGUGGAGGAUGUCCCACCGUCAUCGGAUGCGGAUGUAUGUAUCUCUGCCACAACUUCAUCUGCUCGCAUGGCUUCUGCUGUAGACCAAGAUGAGCCUGGCCUCGCCCCUCCAGCUGCCAACCAGUCGACCGCUGAGGGGAGCAGCAGCAUGCCUGAUAUUUUCAGUAGAUUGCUCAAAGACACCACUUCAGAGCACAGGACUCACCUGUUUGACCUCAACUGUAAAAUAUGCACAGGUCAGAAAACAGAAGAGGAGCUUGCAUCAAAGAGAAGUAAACACACCAAGAAGCCCGACCACCCCAGACAAGAGUUUCAGUCAGCCUCUUCUGGCGGCCAGCCACCAGUGUACCAGCAGCACGUCCCUCCGCCGUACCAGUCUGGCCUAGAGCCGCUUGUUCCAGACCCACAGACACAGCUUUACCAGGAGGACCCCAACAGCAUGGCCCCACCUGUCCAGACCCCCCCGGCCAUCGUCCCCACCAUUUCAUCUGUCAGCAUCACACGCCGAGACCCCCGCAUGGCCAGACAUGGCUCAGGCGUUACUGUCACCUACACUGCUCCGGAAAAACCCAUCAACAACAUGGUGGAGUCGCUCCCAGGUCCCGCCACUCUUCCCAUGGAGGUUGCAGCUAAGGGACCCCUACCCAUGCCCCCUGCUCCACCACCGCCGCCGCCCUCAGUGGCUUUGUCCAAGCCACCAAAAACAAGUACCUCUGAUCCGCCUCUUGAGGGGGAGACUGCAAUCUUCCUCCACGGCCAAGAGAAGAUAUGGAAGGGCUUCAUCAACAUGCAGUCUGUGGCCAAGUUUGUAACUAAAGCUUACCUGGUUUCCGGCUCUUUUGAGUACAUAAAAGAGGAUUUGCCAGACACCAUUCAUGUGGGAGGACGAAUCUCUCCAAAUACAGUGUGGGACUAUGUCGGGAAGCUGAAAACCUCAUUGUCCAAGGAGCUCUGUCUGAUCCGGUUCCACCCAGCCACAGAAGAAGAGGAAUUGGCCUACGUGUCGCUCUUCUCUUACUUCAGCAGCAAGAAAAAAUUUGGUGUGGUGGCCAACAGCACCCGUCGCAUCAAAGAUCUCUAUCUCAUCCCGUUGAGCUCGAAGGACCCACUGCCCUCCGAACUUUUACCGUUUGAUGGACCAGGACUUGAACCAGCUCGGCCCAACCUGCUCCUGGGGCUCCUCAUCUGCCAGAAGGACAGAAAGCGUGCUGCUCCUUCGCUGGAAGCUGACGAGAAACGUUCUAAAAUUCAAAUGAAAGAUGCAGACGACACCGGGCUUCCGAAGCCACUCCCCCCUGUCAAAGUGGAGCGAAGCACACGCCAAAGUUUAGAAAUUCCCUUCAGCACAACCCCUCCAGGGUCACCUCCAGCCAGCUCCUCCGAGGCGUCAAGCUCUGCUGUGCCCACCUCAUCCGUCUUUUCUCUCCUGUCGUCCGUUAAAGCGCCUGCCACAUCCACUGUGGCUGAAGUGGAAUCCCCAUCCUCCUCCGGCGCUGCGGCUUCUGCAGCAGCAGCUGCCACUCCUCUGCAGACCAUCCUCAACACGCUUUUUGGGAAGAAGAAGCAUGACUCGGAAGCUUCUAACUCUCCAUCUGAGCAGGGCGCAGAACAUUCCAUCCCACGCGCUACAAUGUUAGAUCCAAUCGUGCAGCAGUUUGCACAGAUUUCAAAAGACAAACAGGUAGACGAGGAUGAGGAUGACCGGCCAUAUGACCCCGAGGAAGAGUAUGACCCCAGUAUGGGCUACAGUGUGACUAAUAAACCAGCUGAGGUCAUAAACGCACCCGUGACAGCACAGAGCGAAGUAGAUGAUAUAGCGUAUGACCCUGAGGAUGACUCAAUAUUUGAUGAAGUCAAUACUGUGGCAGGUGGAACUGUUUCAGGGGAGCAGGGUAGCGAUCCCGAAAAGAUCCCAGACAGCCUCAAGCAGAAAGGAGAUCCGACAUUGCAAAAACAAGAAGAAGCGCAGAUGCCAUCUGCUGGCUCCGCCGGGGCUUCACUGAUUCCCCCGACCCUUUUGGGGAGCAGUCAGCUACUGCAGCUCGGCAAAAAAGUGGAAGAGCUUGUGAAAGCUUCGACUGCUCCGCUAAUCAACCAGAGGAGGGACCCUCGUCAGAUGCCUCGCAAGGUGGAAGGUAGCACGAAACCAACAGAUGAACCCGAGGACAAAGAGGAGUCGUCAACAGGUAGCUCUUCCCCACCACAGCAUUCGCUUCAGGAGCCACGGUUGCCGACCGCCGCUGACCCACCCGACUCUUCACCAGACUCUCAGACACCGCCGUCGGAGGAAGCCAAACCCGAGUCCCUGCCCUUCAUGGACACCGCAAAGACAGAGGUGUCCAUUCCUUUACUGGGAGAGACGGUGGACCCUGACAUCGAGUACCACUACACGGACGAGAAAGAAGAAGAAAGCAAGCAAGCUGAGCCAGUCAAGGCUGAAAAGGAGAUGGACAAAUACAGUAUUUGGCCAAAUGCAGCAAGUAUUCUAAGAAGUACUGAGGAGUCACAAUAUGACGACACUAGCCAAGACGCAGCCAUUUCUAUCUCCGGCAUUGAGCCUUCAAACUCUACUUCCACAAUACCAGUUCUCACUCAUAGUCUACCUGGGAGUGACACUCACUCCCAUCAUGUGCGACAUCACCUGCCGGCAUCGGGCUUUGACGAGUACAGGCCUCCAGCCGACAUCCCUCCUCCGUCAAAUUUCCUCCUACCCCAGCAGAUGCAGGGACAGAACCCCGUGAUGAGGCCUCCACCGAUGUCAAUACCACCACCCAUACAAGGUCUUCCUUCGAUGUCCGCUCCCCCUCCUAUGCAAGGGCCCCCUCCAUCCAUUUACCCCCCCGGACACGGUCCUCCUCCGAUGCAAGCUGACAGCAACCGUCAGUUCGGUCCUCCUCCAGCUCCCUUCCCUCCCUACCAAAGCCAGUGGCCACGCAGCCAAGCACCACCACAGCAGCAGCCACCCCUGAGACCACCUCAGAACCUUAUACCACCCAGAGUACCCCCACCCUACCCGCCAAUUGGCCAGAGAGGACCUCCACCUCAAAUAUUUGAUCCUCUCAUCCCUCCCCAGCACACCGGACAACAAGGACUUCCUCCAGGCCUUCCUCCUCCUGCUGCCUUUGACGCACAGAAUCAGCUGCCCCUGCGAUUCACCGGCCCACCUCCACCCUUUAGUUUCCCUGGAAACAGGGGUCCUCCUCCUCCUUUCUCGGGACCCCCACCGGGACAUUUUGAUACCAGGCAUCCUCCUCCGUCCCACUUCCCGGGGUCAAGGGGCCCCGCUCAAUCACAGUACGGUGACCAUGCAAGUCAAACGGCAAUCCAGGCCCAGCCACCAAUGUUGGACCAAACCCGCGGGCAAAGGGACCAGUACAACAAAGAGGGGCACUCGUUCACUCAUGUGGACCAGCAUCAGAACCAUCCUCACCAUCCUUUUAAAGACGGUCCGGCUCAAUCACUUGGUCCGGUUUAUCGUGGCCCCCCUGCUCCCCCGUAUGAGGACUCAAGAGGCCCACCUUCCGGUGUGGAGAUGAGUCCGCUUAACCAAUUUGGGGGUUCGAGGCUGCACUCGCCACCACAUCGAGGGUCUUUUGAUGAGCGCAUACCUGUUCCUCCUCCUCUUCAGGAGGGCAGAGCCCCUUUUGGUGGGUCGGAACGUUACCGCUUUGAUCGGUUUUCAGACGACGCUAGACCCAUCCGUCACAGUGGCCCCCUGCUCCCGACUCCAACGGAAGCCCCCAUUGGUCUUCCAAAUCGCAAGGGAGGCCACAGUCCAGACCGGCGACGGGAUGACUACUGGCGUCGCCAUUCCCCGGAAAUCUUGAGGAGAACCAGCAUCAACCGAGAGGACUCGGAACCCCGGAGCACGGAUCUCUUCAGUCACUUUGAAACGGCCCUCAGAGAAUCCAGUUCUGGUCCCUCCCAGUCACUAGAAGAAAGACUGAAGGAGCUCUCUGGUGAUCACAGAAGAGACAGAGAGCGUGACGUCACUCACCCUGGCAGGACCUUACUGUGGGAGAGGAGCAAGCGCUGGAGCCGAGAGCGAGACUGGGACAGAAGCCGAGAACGGGACGUCAAUCGGGAGCCGAGCCGUGAACGAGAUCGCAGCAAAGGGAAGGAGGCCGAGAAGCAUCAAGAGGCAGAGGUGGAGCGACAUGGAAGUCAAGACGCAGACAAGAGGAGAGACCGCGACAGAGAGAGGGACAAGGACAGGACCAAGGACAGGGACAGGGACAGGGAGGCUGACAGGAGGGAUUCCGAUCGCGACAGAGGAAGAAACGUCCGUGACAGAGAGCGAGAACAGGACCACGAGCGAGAUAAGAGACGGGACAGGUCUCGAAGCAGAGACCGGGAUCGGGGCAAAGACCGGGCGGGUCGGGAAAAAGACAAAGAAAAGGACGGUGACAGAGACAAGGACAGGGAGCGGGACAGAGACAAAGAUCGGGACACUGACAGAGACAAGGACAGGGACCGGGAUCGAGACAAGGACAGGGACCGGGACCGGGAUCGAGACAAGGACAGGGACCGGGAUCGAGACAGAGACAAGGACAGGGACAGAGACAAGGACAGGGAACGGGAUAGGGAACGGGACAGGGAGCGGGACCGAGACAAGGACAGGGAGCGGGACCGAGACAAGGACAGGGAGCGGGACCGAGACAAGGACAGGGAGCGGGAUCGAGACAAGGACAGGGACCGGGACAAAGAUCGUGAGACUGACAGAGACAAAGACAGGGAGCGGGACAAAGACAGGGAAAGAGAAAAGGACCGGGAGAGAGACAGAGAGAAAGAAAGAGACAAGGACAAAGACAGAGAUCGAGACCGAGACAAAGACAGGGACAGAGAGAAAGAGCGAGAUAAAGACAGACACCGAGACAGGGAUCGUGACAGAGACCGUGACAGAGAACGAGACCGCGACCGCGACCGGGAUCGGGACAGAGAACGAGACCGGGACCGAGACCGAGACCGCCGAGAAAGGAGGGAAGACAAGAAGGACAGUAAACACGAAGCGUCCAAGGAGAGAGAGAAGACUACAGAAAACGAUAAAAGCGUUUCCUAGUGUGUUUGACCGACACGACUCCAUUUGGAGGAGAGACUUUGGAUUUGCAACCACUGGAAUUGACCGAUGUGGACGCCAGUGGCCAUAUUUCAUUUCCAUGGAUGCCACGUUUUCUAUUUUCUAUCAUACCAGGUUAUGAAGUUGUUUUAUCACGUCGGCAAAACAAAAGCCAAGGCCAAUUGGGGUCACGUGACUUUGCUGCGUCCUAAUACUCAUCACUCUUGUCCAACACGUUUUAACAAGAAAACCACAUCCGGUCUCACACACCAUGUAAAUAUGAAUGUAUCUGUGUACAUACUGAUGUUUUUAAUAAUACUUUUCUAAGUAGACAAAAUAAAGCCAUAUACCUGGAUGGAUGAUGAUGUAACUGAACCGCUGGGCUGCACAGGAACACAUGGCUUCCUUCAUCUACAGUACCUAACCUUUGUUUCAGAUCAACCCAUUAAACAUUUUUCAUCACAUUGGAUCUGUCUGUGGAAUUCUUAAAGGGCAUCCCAGAUUCUUAACACGGAUGAGGUUGAUGGAUUUAACCAAGGUUGGACAACACCAGACCAUGUCACACAUUCCCGCCACAAACCAAAAAGCUGCCUCCUGCCGUCCACACGGUAGGAGGCAUGACCAAUGAAGGCCAGCGUUGCAGAUGCUCUCCAUCUGAUGCAGCGGCCUCGGUCCUCUGAUGUGACCCCAAUUAGCACGACAUGGAGUUGAAAACCCAGCAGAUGCUCCUCAAAACCUCUGUGAGCCUCGCAAAUGACACACAGCCCGUGUGCUGUUAAUGAGGAGGCUGGGGGGGUCACUCGGGGACCAAGUGUGCUGGGUAAAGGUCAGCCUCUCCAGCUCCUGCUCGAGUCCACAUAGCAGUACUUCAGGCAAGCCCAC